AGCGAUCGGUCGCCUCGAGGCGCGGGUCACCUUGACCAUCGUCAAGGGCCCGUCCAGAGGGGGUUCGGUCCAGAGGGGGCAUGGAUCAAGAGGGACGGUGGCCUCCAGCGGCGACAUAUAAGUCUCAGGAACACUCCCCACCUCGCGUCAAACGUUGCCGGUACGGCAAGCGCGCGGUAUACACCUACGAUCCACCUUUUAUCGCCACCGUUUCCUCUGCCUAGGCCCGCGAGUCCUAGCUUCAGCAGAGCUUACGACAGAUAGGAGGGAGAGACAUACCUGUUGUUCAGCCAACGGUGUAACGAGAACGUGGCGGAGGGACCUGGUGAACACGCAUCAUCGUGCCUGUGCAGCUGCCACGAGCUGCUUAACUCGCAACUGCUUUAUUAGUUCUCUUCACCGCGCGGCUUUCGAGAGAACUGUCCAUCGUCGCGUGGUUCGAUCGUCUCGAUUCUUUCGUCGGAUUUAUACGUCGGAUCAUGAGGAUCGUAAGUAAUAUUGAUAUCCGUGUGGAAACAGGUGUGACGAAACACACGUGUACAGAGUGUUUUAUACUUUCUUGUACGAACUUGUUGGAACCACGAUAUCUACGAGUGAAAACAAUUCUGAUUCUACUGGUUUUCACAGUUCUGGCAGCGGUCUCGUCCCAGGACUACAGUCAACUGUUCGCAGGAUUCGGACCUUAUAUCAGGCAAGCAGUAGCAAUGCGAGAUCCACGAUCGAAUAGAGCUUUCUAUAGGUUCUUUUACUAUUAACCGUGAACGAAGGAUUAACGGGAUAUUGAGAAGGUUGCGAGUGCCGCGUCAUCGAUGGGGAAACUGUACGGUGAGAGAGUUCUCGAGAAUAUGGGAAACUCAAGGAGAGGAACUGUCUAGGAACCACGAACUCUGCAUCCGUCCUUGUAUCAUACGUAUCUCCACAGUGUCUCUGGAUACAACACCACCAGGAGCAUCCUUAUAUUUGUAUAAAGAAUCAUUGUAUCGAGUUAAUACAUUGUUAAUGUUUUCUACGACUAGUGUCUCGAUAUACCGCCUCACCUCGAUGGAACCUCUCGAUCGACAACCAUCGUUACACUUUAAAUAAAAA